AUGGCCUCAAACUACGACCCUAGGUCAAACAGGCUUCAAGAAUUCAGAUUUAACAAUGGGCAUCUUGAUUAUACUGCUUAUAAAAUCGCUCCCAUGCAAGACUAUAUGACAAUGGAAGAAUACUAUAAGUUCUCGCAGAGAGAGAAUACCUGGCUAUAUAUAGAAUUGGGAACUCUAGGAACUUUUGGGACUUUGCAGUGGCUUGUAUCAAAGAUAGCAGGAUGGAAAGCUUUUUCAGGAUUUGCGAGAACUAAUAUUAGAGUUGCUCUUGGGCUUGGACCUUUCUUUUUUGUCAGAUAUUUCCAUAAUCAAGAUUUCACCAAGCGCAAAGACAGGAUCAUUAUGAGCAAGCUGAAUGCUGCCUUUGAGAAUCCAAUGUCUAAGCAAUUAGCAUUAUAG